AUGGCUGUGAAUGAUACGAAUCUCUUUAUGGAAAUUGCUCAGUCUUUUGAUGCUGUCCCCCUGAUCAUAGCUUUCAGCGUUUCAGUGGCAGUGGGCCUACUUUUGGGGUCCCUGGUCUACGUGAUCCUGACUUGGUUUUCCAGGCGCAGAGCAGGCUCUGCCCGCAUCACUAGCUGCCCGCCUCCUCGCCAGACUCGUACCUCCCGUCGAAACCACCCGGGCUUCAACCGCAGCAGUAGCAACCACGACCGGAGGAGCAACAACAGCCUUGUCAGUGCCGCUUUCACCUUCCAUCGUCAGACUUCCACCCCGGAUCCUCUCGACACUCUGGGGCACAAGUCCAGCUUCAGGGGGUCUACCUUCCACCCUCUCAUCCACUGUAGCCAGAUAGCCAGGGAGGCGGAGGAAGGCAGCCAGACAUCACUACCUCGCACACCCAGGUUGGCCACCUCCACCGGAUCGGUCCACUCGGUGGCCACCCCGACGAGACCCCAUUCAUUUUGGGGGGACAAUGUGAGGGGGUUCCAGGCUACACAAACCCCUCCUCCCGCUUAUGAGAGCAUUAUCAGGGCCUAUCAAGAAACAAAUACAUAG